CGCUAUCUGAGUUGCUACAGUGUUUAACCCGGGUUAAAAGCCACAUUCAUGUUACAGAUAAAUAUAACCUCGCUAACACUGCAAUCUUAAUAAUCGGUACACUCCUCGGCUUGAAAAAUGAGGGUCAAUGCUUCUUUUUCCUUUUUUUCAAACUUUUAUUCUGAAAUAUUUGCGUCCACGCGACCGGAAGUGAAUAUCGGGGGUGGCUUCCCUUGUAUUCAAAUAUCCAGAUAGUUUCAGUUAAACCCAGCGAUUUUUCGGUGAUUAGUCCUGUAAAAAGGUUGAUAUGACGUGUCAUGUGUAAAUACUCACACCUUGCGUGAUCUCUCCUGGUCUAGGUGUAAAUGGUCCUUUUUCUUCUCCCGACUGUCCAUCUGGUCAUCACAUACUGAGAUCAACAAUGGCAUUCAGGAGAGACCGGAGUAUCCGAGACAUGUACGAGCAGCGCUUCCAUCCCGACAGAGCUGAUGAUUUGAGCCCUAAAACAGCCCCAAGACAUCACUGAUGUGCAGUUCACUGUUUAUAUUUUCAGCCCCUUACCCAAGAGGAGGUGGUGGGGAAAGGAGAGCUUUUGGCCGUCCUGAUGAAGACUACGUCCGAAACUUUGACUAUGACUCUCCUCGCUUUUACCCAAAUGGUGGUCCAAGAAACUACCACAACGAUGAGAAAAAGGGUUACCAUAGUGACAGCCACUACUCUUUCUCCAACGAAUCCAGAGGAGGUCCAGCUAAUCGAAGGGAUGACUACUCUUAUUAUAGAGCGCCCAAAGAUGAUUCUCAUUCUGGACGCCAGGUGGACUUCAGAGGCCGCAGUCGAGUUGUCUCCUCUCCCAAUGCUCGUACCCAGGGCUCUUACCCUGCUCCCAGACCCCUCUCAGCACUGGGCCCCAACCUGGGAGAUGACACAUUAAUCCAGGCCAUUAUGAACUUGGACCGAGGGGAGGAGAGAGAAGGACUGCGGCGUAAAGCACCCUUUCCUCCAGUCCACGACUGUUCCCCUACUCGACAGGACGUGUCUCCUUCCCCUCACAGCCGCUCCGGUUCCAGCAUUAGCAGCCGAAGCUACUCUCCAGACCGGGGCAAGAGCCACAUGUACCAGCCUCCUCUAGGAAAAAACAGGGACAGAGCCCCAGGGCCAUCUGUCAGCGUGUCCCGAGACGGAUCACCACAUAGUUCUGUGUCAGCCUCUAAAGAAGACAUGCCAGUGGUAGAACGUCAACCAGACGAACCUCUGGCUCCUGCAGAUGAAGCAUCUACAAUUACAGAUGACUUCCAUGAGCGGCGAUCUCAAGCUAUUGCAGCCAAAGCCCGAGAAAUAGAGAAGGUGUACCGCCAGGACUGUGAGACAUUUGGGAUGGUGGUGAAGAUGCUUGUGGCCAAGGACCCGAGUCUAGAGAAGCACCUGCAGAACCCUUUGAAAGAAAACCUCAGUGAGAUUCGUGAGCGAUGUCUUGAGGAUCUGCGACACUUUAUCUCAGAACUGGAUGAGGUAGUUCGUCAACCGGAACCUACUGUCUGAAGUGCCAGCAUUACAUAUGGGAGAAAACCUUCAUCAUUGUUAUGAGUGCACUGAUUCAUGUUUUCCAGAUCUGUAAUAUUUUGGAACAUUAUAUUUCCACAAAUGUUCUUGAAUUCAGUUAUAUUUAGUGUACUGCCUCAAGCUAGUCCAUCUUAGAGGAUUAAGUGACCAAUCGUUACUAAUGUAAAUAAAUGCUAAUUAUUCUGAUACAGUAUUAAUUCAUAAAAUUGGAUUGUUUUAAACCCAAACUGCUUAAUCUGGGGGGGGAUCAUGCUUAAAUAUUGCCCAUGGAUUAGUAUGAUUUGCCAUUGGUCUUUUCAAAAUUGUAUUGGACGUUUUUGUUCUUGGAAGUUUUCAGUAUGUCGUCUAUCUCUGUAAAUCAAUAAAGAUGCCAUAUUCUACCUUCUGA